GAUUCCAGCUCCAAUCCAGUGAGUGGCGAUAAUGAGACGUAAAGUGAAGCUAAAGACAAAAUCCAAAACUCAGAACGCACUGCCCUCUAGUGUAAUGAACUGAUUAUGAAAAAUACAUUUGAUCCCUGCAGCUGAGAUUGCAAUUUGCGCUGUUUGUCUUGGUUCAGCCACUUUCCUUUCUGGCUUUCUGAGCUCAUCAGUCCGAGAACAGGCACAUGGAGCAGAGGUGGCAGCACACAGCUGGGAUCUGUGUCCCAUCCUGACAUAAAGGACUGUGAUGAGUGCCAGUUCCUGACUGGACAUGUGGAGUAUUAGGUGAGAUCCAACUGAGGAGACACUGCUUCAGACACUGCCCUGCCUUAGACAAACAGGAUUUGAACCCUGGGGUCACGGACUCUCCAAAGCCAGAGGAGACAAUUCUUCUGUGUUAUUAUCGGAAAUGGCUAAUAAUAGAUGACAAGAAAGCCAGAGCAUUCUUUUGGCGGAGUCUCCUUGUGUAACAGCCGGAGAAGACAGCCGUCCUCGACUUUGGUAAAUGAUGAUCCCCAUAACUGAGCUGCGCUACUUUGUGGACACGCAACCUACGUAUCGCAUCCUAAAGCCAUGGUGGGACGUGUUCACAGACUAUUUAUCCGUCGUAAUGCUGAUGAUUGCAGUAUUUGGGGGCACGCUUCAGGUCACACAGGACAAGAUGAUCUGCCUGCCCUGCAAAUGGGUAGUUAACAAGACAUGUAGGAAGUAUUUCAAUUCUACGUUUUCUGUGCCCUUGACCCUUGAACCUCAAGGAAUCCAGUAUGACCUUGAUCGGCACCAAUACAACUAUGUCGACGCUGUGUGCUAUGAAAACAAGCUGCACUGGUUUGCUAAGUAUUUCCCAUAUUUGGUGCUACUGCAUACACUCAUCUUUCUGGCUUGCAGCAACUUCUGGUUCAAGUUCCCUUGGACAAGCUCUAAAUUGGAACAUUUUGUGUCUAUCCUCCUGAAAUGUUUUGACUCGCCGUGGACCACACGAGCUCUGUCUGAAACUGUCGUGGAGGAAAGCGACCCUAAAGCUCUGGUGAAAAUGAAUGGCUCCUUCGAUAAGAAGGCUUCGUACGUUAGCGAAGACGUUGAAGCGAGUGUUCCCAUGCUGUCCACAACCAGAUCUCGUAUUGAACAUGGAAUCGUGGACCACUCUGAUACUGGUGUGCUGGAUAAAAAGGAAGGUGAACAAGCUAAGGCAUUGUUUGAGAAGGUGAAGAAGUUUCGAAUUCAUGUUGAAGAAGGCGAUAUAGUCUACCGACUCUACAUCCGACAGACUAUCAUCAAAGUUGUUAAGUUUAUUCUUAUUAUUUGCUAUACUGGCUACUAUGUACACAAUAUUCAGUUCAGCGUCGACUGCAAUGUGGACAUCGAGAGUCUCACUGGUUAUCGCAUGUACAACUGUGCCCAUCCCUUGGCCACUCUCUUCAAGAUUUUAGCCUGCUUCUACAUUAGUCUAGUUAUUGUGUAUGGCAUGAUCUGCGUAUACACCCUCAGCUGGAUGCUUCGACGUUCCCUCAAAAAGUACUCGUUUGAGUCUAUCCGAGAGGAGAGCAGCUACAGCGAUAUUCCAGACGUGAAAAACGACUUCGCCUUCAUGCUGCAUAUGAUUGACCAGUACGACCCCCUCUAUUCCAAGCGAUUUGCGGUGUUCCUCUCAGAGGUCAGCGAGAACAAACUUCGCCAGCUGAACCUUAACAACGAAUGGACUUUGGAAAAGCUUCGGCAGAGGAUCACCAAAAACUCCCAAGAGAAGUUGGAGCUCCACCUGUUCAUGCUUAGUGGGAUUCCAGAUACAGUCUUUGACUUGGUGGAGUUGGAGGUUCUGAAGCUUGAGCUCAUUCCUGAUGUCACCAUCCCACCAAUCAUCGCCCAGCUUACUAACCUCAGAGAGAUGUGGUUGUACCACACGCCAGCCAAAAUAGAGGCUCCAGCACUUGCAUUUCUGAGAGAGAACCUGAAAUCUUUGCACAUCAAGUUCACUGACAUAAAGGAGAUUCCUCUGUGGAUCUACAGCUUGAAGAACUUAAGCGAGUUGCAUCUUACUGGGAACCUUAGUGCUGAUAACAAUCGCUACAUUGUCAUCGACGGUUUACGAGAGUUGAAGCGGCUAAAGGUUUUGAGACUGAAAAGUAACUUAACAAAGCUGCCUCAGGUGGUCACGGAUGUUGGAAUGCACCUCCAGAAGCUGUCCAUCAACAAUGAAGGUACCAAGUUGAUGGUGCUCAACAGCUUAAAGAAGAUGGUGAACCUGUCAGAGCUGGAGCUUGUCCGCUGCGAUCUGGAGCGCAUUCCGCAUUCCAUCUUCAGCCUGCACAAUUUACAGGAGAUUGAUCUAAAGGACAACAACCUGAAAACCAUUGAAGAGAUCAUUAGUUUUCAGCAUCUUCAUCGACUUGUUUGUCUAAAGUUGUGGUAUAAUCAGAUUGCGUACAUACCUAUCCAGAUAGGUACUUUGAUCAACCUGGAGCGCCUGUAUUUGAACCGCAACAAGAUCGAGAAAAUGCCACAUCAGCUCUUCUUCUGCCGGAAGCUGAGGUUUCUUGAUCUGAGCCAUAACAAUCUCACUGAUAUCCCAUCAGAAAUAGGAACUCUACAGAACCUUCAGUACCUUGCUGUAACUGCCAAUAGGAUUGAAGCACUCCCCCCUGAGUUGUUUCAGUGUAAGAAACUGCGAACGCUGAACCUCGGAAACAACUGCCUGCAGUCUCUACCCUCUCGGUUUGGGGAGCUCACCAGUCUGACGCAGCUCGAGCUGAGGGGCAACAGGCUCGAGUGCCUUCCUGUUGAACUUGGGGAGUGCAGAUUGCUGAAGAGGAGUGGUCUAAUUGUGGAGGACAAUAUUUUCAACACUUUACCUUCCGAGGUCAAAGAGCAGCUGUGGAGAACUGACAAAGAGGCUUCUUGAAGCAGAUGCAUAAACCUGGGAGCACUUGCCUGUGUGAAGAUAGUGUGAGGAGAGGAAUUCAAAUCAAGCAAUAGAAAAUUAAAUUAUACAUGUUUGUCACAUUUUUCAGGGUUCAUCAGAAUGUUCCUGAAAAACAAAGGGAAAAAGGUCAGUAUUUCACAAUAAGGCAUGUCGUGUUUAAUUGUAACAUAGAAAGCAGUGGCAUUUCUGCUCCUUGACACUUAGGAGUGAGCAGACCAAAUAUUACAUCAGGAUUAAGGUGCUGUUCAUUUUCGCCUUAAUAUACACAAACACUAUUCACUUAUAGUAUUUUAUUAUAAACAUUUCUACUGUGUUUUAUACCAGUGUUACUGUGUAAGUCUGUGAAAUCACUCUAAUUUUACCUAUUCUUAAAUCCAUGUGUACUGUUGAAGACUCCCAAUUCAACCCGAUUAGGGUUUACUACUCUAAUAUAUUUUUUUUACUUGAAAAUCAUUAAUACGUGAAUAACUGGUUAAUAUAUUCUAGACACAUAAAGGACACAAAUUAACUUUUUUGUUUGUUUGUUUGUUUGUUUAUACAUGCCCUGUACAUUACCAUGAACAUUAAUAUGCUGUACAGUCUUUUUUACAUACUGAUGUCAUCUCUGUUACAUAAGAAACAUGCAUGAUUCGAUAUUCAUUACCUCUUUUACCCCAAAAACAUAGCAAGUUAAUAUUGUCUACAGUAUUCUUAAAAUCAUUGUCUUUAUUGGAAGUUUAAUGUGUUAACUGAGCAAAUGAUUUUUGAUGUUUGCAGUAUUUAGUAACUGAAGCACAAAUGAAAGCUAAGAACUUUUAUAAAAAUGUACACUAAGAGAUAGUGUUAAAGGAUUAGUUCACUUUCAUAUAAAAUUUUCCUGAUAAUUUAUUCACCCCCAUGUCAUCCAAGAUGUCCAUGUCCUUCUUUCU